AACACAAAAUUUUAAUAUUUAUAUUGGCACAAAUAGUUUUGAAAGCUAGUUGCCAAAUAAGUAAAUUUCUGAGUGCCCUUACAGACUAACGGCAUUCAUUGAAAAAAUAAAAAAUAAUUUAAGAAAAUACUUAUGUAAAUAAUUAAUAUAUACUAGAAAUAUUUUUUUUUGCCUGCAUGCAAAUCGAAUACAUGAUAUUUAUUUAACGUUCAAAUUAUUUGAAUUGAUUUAUUGAUUAAACUAAUUUCGGAAUUCUUUUGCUUGAUAAAAUUAGAUGUUUUUUUUUCUGAAUUGUCAGCGUUUAAUUUUUUAUAUCACCCAACAAUUUUGAAACGUGAAGAAUCAAAGUAUACUUGUAGUUCAAACAUGCCGUUCGUCUUUAAGUCAGUAGAAUCUCCUUUUAUCACUCGUGUGUAAGGUGAGGCGGCACAAAAUAUUAAUAGUCGUUCCAUGUACGUACGUGUAUUAAAUGUUCUCUUAGCGUAAGACACAUUUCUGUGACGAUUCCUAGUCAAACCCAUCACUUAACUUGUAUUUAAAUAAACUAUUGAUUGUACGUGUCAAAUGUAUCUUGUAUUUGGUCAACUCGAUUAUAUUUUGUAAUGGCCGCGGAGCGAGUGUAUUGAUACGCGCCAUAAGUCUGUUAAGUGCAUUAGUUAUAUUAUACUUUAUUACAUAUUAUUUCCAUUACACCGUUGCUGAUCCUCUUCAUUCCAUAUUUUAAUUUAUUUGGGGUUGGCUUGUCAAGCGGUUUUGCCUUUAGAUCUAUUAUACAAGAGAUUUGGGGCACAUACAAGAUGGCGCCUACCUUUGGAUUUCGUGAUAUCAGGGUUUGUUGUUGUGUUUAUAUAUAUAAUGAAUCGAUCGUUUAUAAAAACGUCUUUGUAUAUUUAAGAAACUAUGUAUUUUUUGACGUUAUAUUAAUUUAUAAUGUUUUAUCAACUAUUCUAAAAACUAUGUUACAAACAAAUAUUGUGGCAAAUGUAACGAGUUGACCAAACACCUUUUCUGUAGAAUUUAACUCACAAUGAUAUUAUAAAUGUAUUUUAGAGAUAAUUCAAACGUAUUUCUAAUGUUUGACAUACUUUUUCUCUUAUUUUUUUGAUAUUUUAUUAUUCUAUAUAGUUUUGAAUUUGUGUAAUAUUUAAGAUAUUUAACUAUCUGAAACUUUUGGAUGAAAUUGUACCUAAAUGUAUUUAUAAUAUAGGUCAGAAUUUUAUAAUCAACAAUUUUUGAAAACAUUCCCUUAACCAACAACGUUGUGCAAACCAUCACGUGACUUCAAAAUUAAACAGUUCGAUAAAUAAAAACUGCCAUUUCAUGUAAAGUAGACUGCACAGUGCACAUCGAAUAACUCAAAUUUAUCGCAAAAUUCCUUAUUAGCGACGCAUAGAUAUAUGCUAUGUGCAUCAAUUGGACGAUAAUAUCGCAAUUUUUUUUAUAAUAGUUUUUCUCGCGUACUGACCAAUCGCUUCGUCGCUUUGUUUUUUAUUAUAAUUUAUUAUAGGUAUAUACAAUGGUAUAUGGAUGUGUCCAUGUUAAUCGCAAAAUGAGUAAUUAAAUAUUUAUAAAAUACAAAAAAAAAACUAGUAUGUAUGCGCUUAAAACUAGAAUAGGCAAUUAGAAAUAAAUUUACGAUAAACGAUAAAGUGUUUUUAUUUCAAUUUAGAUUUAAUAUAAUAGCUGUAACAUCAGAAUUAUAACAUCAGAAAAAUAUAUCAUAACUUGUUAUUAGAAAUACUUAUUCAAAAUCUUAUUUCAAUACAAUAGGACAGACUUAAUGUUAUCAGAAUUGUCACUUCUAUAAAACAUUACUAACGGGGUGUAACAAAAAUACCCAUAUACAUACGAAGUGUUAGAUACGUAGAGGUCAACCGCGCUCACUGGAAAGAAUACUAAAAUGUUUAAAGGAUCUACCCAAGUCAUAAAACUAAGUUCAGGGCAAUGUUCGAAUGAAAAAAUGAAGUGGUGUAUAGACAGUGACUAUAUUUCUUCGGAUGGUCGCGUUUUGGACAAAAAGAAUUGCAAGACACGACCCUGCGUAAUAAGUAACUGCGAAUCUGGUCACAUGUUUAUCCAAAGACAAAAGAGAUGUGUGCGAAUGGAUAGAGAAACGAUCGAUUUUACUGAACAUCUUCCAUUAUACAAAAUUUUGAUGCCAGGAGUGACCAUGAAGACCGACAAGAAAUUCAAUGAGACAUUUCAGAUUGUGACAUAUCAAAAUAGAACUACUGACAUCACUAAUGACUGCACGAAUCCAUAUUUUUCGAUCGGCGCCGUUAAUGCUACGUUUGAUGGAUAUUUUUUAGACGAUGGAUCAUUCUUUCUAAAACCGAAUACAACUAUACCACGCGAAGAGUAUAUAGUGAUGUUCACCUUCUUCAAAGACAAAGUUGAUGGUUUGUUAAAACCACGUAUCAAAAUAAAAUUUGCCAAAGAUAAAGAACCAAGUCCCUUUGAAAGAUCGAUAGAAAAAGUUUUCAUAUAUGCCAUGUUAGUAUCAGUUUUCUUCAUGAUUCUAGUGAUAGUUGUGUACACACUUUGCAAAGAAUUACGCACAAACGCAGGAUUAAAUUUUAUGACCUAUGUGUCUACUCUGGCGACUGCUUUCUUCUUGAUCACCGUCCGAAGCUUUGCCAUGGAGUUAUCGAUAAUGGGUGUCGUUGGCUGCUAUAUAAUAAGUCCUUCAAUUCACUUGUUCACAUUUAGCAGUUUUAUGUGGAUGAAUAUUAUGGGAUUUGAUAUAUGGUGGACAUUAAGGAACAUGUUCUACCGACGUCGUCUCGACCACAUGAAAUCCGUAAACUAUCGAAAAUACAAGUGGCACUGCACGAUUGCCUUUGGACCUCCUCUCGUGUACGUUAUCAUAGAAAUUUGUAUCGACGAACUGGCCGAAUUUGAAGGUCCAAUGUUUAACAUAUGUACUGCUUGUAACAAUGGCUGGUAUCUAUUAGGACCAAAGUUAGCACUGCAGACGAUAAACUUCAUUCCAUUUGGACUUCUCAUAUUCAAUUUAUUGCGGCUACAAAAUAGCAACAUGAAGCAGUUGAAUAGCAUUGACUCUAAUAACACCAGCACAAAGCAGAAUGCACUUUUAUGUAUAAAAAUAUCGGUUAUGCUUGGCACCAAUUGGUUUAUGGACAUCAUGCUGUCGUUUUUUUACAACGAACUACCAGCCUGGUUCAAAUAUACAGUCAAAGCUUAUAAUUCUCUAUUCGGACUAAUCCUGUUCCUAGUUUACAUUUUCAAAGCUGAUGUCUUAUUGAAACUUUUCAAAAGGUUAUCAAUAAACAAUAAAAUCACAGAAGAUCUCGAGAUGAGAGUAUCAAGAAAGUAUAGCAAUUCAAGGAAAUUCGGUCAAACCGAUAGUAACAGCAGCACUGUAUGGCAAAUGAAAUAGAGGUACCUAACUAAAAGCCAAAAGUUAAGUUUGACGAAACGCCCGCGAUGCGAAAUAUGCAAAAUCAUGCAUGUGUAAACUUUGAUAGGAACCUCCACGGAAUACUAACGUUUUUAAAUUCUAGGUGUUCAGCCUAGUAGCGAAAGAGCGUGAGCUCUAGUCAAUUUGUAGACUUGACUGGGCCAAACCGUAUACUCACCCAUCACAUUACUACACUUGUAAUAAAAGUACUGUGGUAUUUACUUAGAAAUUAUACAACACUAGUUAUAGGAUUUUAUUAGAAAGUAUUACAGUUUUACAGCCACCGAAAUCCUUAUCAUAUAAUGGGACUAUUAUUUUCUAAUGGAAAAUUAUAAUAGAUAUCUAUUUACUAUCUAAUAAAAUCCUAUAACUAAUGUAGGUAUGUAGAUUGUAGCAUAAUCUCUUGUGGUAAAAAAAUUGAUACAACAACUUUGACGACAACUUUGCCACCACACAUGAUCUCCGAAUUUUUAUUUUACUGGUUUUUAUUAUUUUAUUCAUAAUUUUUAUUUUUGUUAUAAUAAUUCAUAUAUUGUGAAAUUUGUAUUUAGUAAGUAUAUCCGCAAACUAAGUAGGUAGGUAGGUACCUACUCAAUGGUACUAGUAAUUAAUAAGUUACUUAUAAUAGUACUUGUAAUAUAUGUAUGUAUACUAAAAUGCUUAAUUUUUUAUAUUAUAUAAAUUAAAGAAUU